UUUUGUAACGGGAAAAAAAGUUAAGUUUAGUUUAUAUGUGAGCUACGUUGUUAUAUUAUUGUUAUUAUUUUAAGUAAUUUAUAUUUGUAUACAUUAAUGGAUGCUUGAAACAGCCAUACUGAAAUGUAACUUGAACGAGUACUACAUUUUCACAAAAGUAAGCCUAUAUACAUGAAUGAAUAAAUGCACAUGUUAUGAAAAUAAUGUGAUAUAUUUCUUUGUUUAAGAAGGCGACCAACUUUCAAAGGUCCUGCUACUUUUACAAAGGAGGUAGUAUUGCUGGGCGGACCUCACAACAAUGUAGUUGUAAAACACGGAACCAAGCAAUUACUCUAUGAAAGUGGGCAUGUGAUGAAUGCCUUUGAAUUCCACAAGGAGUGGUCGGCUGAAGAACUUCUAGAGAAUAUUAGAUCAGCUUUCAGCAGUCAUCUUCCUCCAGGAGCUAAUUUGGAAAUACUCAUGGCUUGCCACAAUAAACUGAUAGCUCCUUCUCUAAUGAGGAACCAAACACUCAAUGGUUGGAUGAUGAACAAAAUAUUUAAGCAACGCUCUGUCUAUAUUCGCCCCUCGGUUGAAAUCUUGGAUCUGCAAAGGCUGGACCAACAACCUGAAGACUGGGAUAAAACUAAUGUGCCAGAUAAUUCUCAGGAUCCUAACUGUAUUCGUGAAGAGACACUAGUUGCAGAUGAAAUACUUGGAUGUUCCUCUGAACCUGUGACAUCCAAUCCAGAUGGUCUGCAUAAUGCUGGAAUCGCAUUUCCAAACUAUCUAGGCUUGGACAGUAAUGAUCUUCAUGCAGUACAGGAUGUUUGUGUUUCUGCAGACUCUGUACUAACACAGACACCAGUGUCAUUUGGUGUAGAGGCAUCUAAAAUACACACUACACUGUUUCAGUCUACAUCUGCCAUGACUUUGGAAACUAAUGUUCUGGAGAAAAAAGGAUCAGAUUGUUACAAGCAGUAUACAUCGCUUAUCUAUGAUUGUAUUGAGCUUAAUUCUUCAAGUGAUGAAGAAGGAGUACAGUUUGCUGAGAAUUCAUCUGUCCGCUUACAUGAUGGAGAUCAAGUAACUCUUCAUGAUGUUAUCACAAAUCUUGCCCUACAAAUAGUUGAAGAUGCAGUUUCAAAGUUCAAUAUUGAUAGAAUAAAUAUAUGGGAUGGUGCACUUCGUGGAUUUAAGCGCAAAACAUACAAGCCAGAAAAUAGAAUGUCUGUAAUGUUUACUGACUCAGAUGGCAACUCGGAAGGAGCUGUGGACAGAGGUGGUCCUACAAGGGAAUUUCUAACUUUAUUAAUGCAGACACUACAGAACAGUAAAAUAUUUGAAGGUUCAGAAGACUGGAAAAAUUUGACCUGCGAUUCCCAAGGUAAUUGCAGUUUUAGGUAUUUAUUUUGUUUUUUAAUCUUAAUUUUCUUGCAAUACACCCAUCUAUAAUUUUUUCACAUGCUUCAUUCUUUUAUGUAUUUCAAUAGCAUUA